CAAAUACUUUAUCAUAAUCUGCUGCGUAUUUUUUAAUUAUCUUGGUUUUUGUUCUUAUCGUGCAUUAUUUUUUGUUUAAAGCUUGUGCCUCGGAAAUUUAUUAAUCGCUACAUUUGUUUCUUUUAAUCAUUCUUACAGUUUCGUUUUGUUUAAAAAUUGAAUUUCCGAAGUGGUUUCGAUCGUUGAAUAUCGAGUUUACAUUCACAAGUCAGGAUUAUCAUUUGUUGCAUGCUGAUUAUACGGACAUAGGAAUUAUUUUGACAUUGUAGCACCAUGACUUACUAUAAGAUGCUAGCGACUUGGAAAUUUUGAGACCCAGAGUAUCUCUGUACGUUCCUGCGUAUUAAUCAGUGAAAACCCAGCUUCAUAAACGCAAUGUGAAUUAUUACAUCGAUGCGUUCACUGUGCACAUGGAGAUGACUGUCGUCAAUGAAAUUCGCGGUUUUAUUUCGCAUAUUCGAAUGCGUCAUAUUUCAUUCAAAUUUUAAUACGUACGUCUGUUGUGUUAAAUUAUGAAAAACGUCGCGUACCUGUGUUUCUUUUGCGAAAAUUAUCAACUUUUAAUUUUCAAGUCAUAAUUUUGAUGUGAAGGAUUGCAAGUGGUGUUUUGGUCAAUAUUUCAUGUAUUGCGCGAUUUUCUGUCCGAGUUACCUGUACUGAUCAUUGUAUCGUUGUCGCAAACAAGGAAUAUGCCUUCGAAAUGGUAUCCAAACUUCCAACGGAUCUGUUCCCUUCCCCGGAUAGAGAAUCUCAGAAUUUAUCGCUGGGAGGUGAGGGGAGGCAACUUCGAUCCCGGUUGGUUGAAUUAUGCUCUUUAUGUCAAAAACCCAUACCUGCUUCUACAGGAAAAACUCACGCUAGUCAUAUUCACUGCACAUGUAUUACGCCUCCAAAUACAACAGUACCUGAUCAUAAUUUGCAGAUGUCACCUAAGAAGACGAAACGAGUCGUUGAUACGGAACUUGGCGAAUCUUCCAAACGACAACUGUUCAAAGAAAGUGUUCCAUUGGAGGUAGUCGACGAGAAAAGCGACUCCGCCAAAAAACUCCAAUCGCUGCCGCCUUCUAAUAUUUGUAAAUCUGAUACGAAAUCUACUAGUACUAAAGACAGUGCUUCUGCUUCGUCGAAAAAAGCCGAUAGUUCGUCUUCGAAAUCUCGUCACGUUUGUAAUACAUGUUCGAAAAGCUUCAACACGCCCGGUAAAUUAAAUCAGCACAUGUAUUCGCACACUGGUGAAAAACCAUUCGUUUGUAGUCACUGCUCGAAAGCGUUUUCUUCCAAGUUUAAACUAGUUCGUCAUAUAUUGAUACACUCGGAUUUGAGACAGUAUCGUUGCACCAUCUGCGAGAAAACGUUUCAUCGAAAAGACCAUCUGAAAAAUCACAGCAAAGUUCACAGUCCGGUCAAAAGACGGUUCAAGUGUGAUCGUGAAGAUUGCAAUAAAGAGUACAGCUCUAUAUUAAGUUAUAGGAAGCAUAUCGCCGUUCAUUCUGCCGAAGAGGGUAAUUUAGAGUGUAAAAUUUGCGGCAAGAAAUUCGAAACGAAGGAGGAUACGCUUUUCCAUUUAAAAGUACACGCUGGAUCGCGUUCGCUGAAAACUCCGGCCGAUCGAAAAUAUCAUUGCGAUCAUUGCGACCGAUCAUUUUUCACCGGUAAAGAUGUUCGUCGACAUUUGGUCGUGCAUACCGGUCGUAGAGACUUCUUGUGUCAGUAUUGCCCGCAGCGGUUUGGUAGAAAGGAUCAUCUCACCAGACAUAUUAAAAAAAGUCAUUCUUCGUCUUCGAAAAAAGUUAAAACGCGUAAAACUCAAGACGUCGAUAGAACCAAAUCGGUCGAUAAUAGGCAUAUAGCAAUGCCCGAUGAGAAACCACCUUGCGACGAAUUUACUUUCCCUAAAUUAACGGCAACGGCGACUGUAACAGCAGAGAAACAAGAUCAAAGUUGCGUCAGCAGUAACGAGAAUAUGUACAAAAUGCCGAAUAUUAGCAACCCUCCGAGUACUACGAGUAUGUUGAAACUGGAAUCUUCGCCAGAUGUACUGUCUAUAGUUACCAUAGAUGAUAAAACUCCUAUGCCAUCCACCAAAGUUGAAGAUAUUUAUAAUAUAUUAGACCCUAACAUUCCAUUCAAAUAUCCAAACUUCGAAUUCGAUCAAUUCACGUACCCCACCAGCGAUGUUGAAGCUUUGGCAGGUCCUUCUACUUCACACCACAGCGCCAUUUUACCCGACUUGAUGUAUCCUCCUCCUUCGUAUCAGGCUGAUUUGAAUUUUCCUAUGAGCAGCGACGAUAUUAAGGUCGAAUCUGACUUGGGUUCGGAUCCGCUGUCGAUGGAUUUAGUUCUACCUCCGAUCACCAACAUAUCCCCUUCCAUUCCUUCGAUGGGUAAUUGCAUACUGUCCAAUGCGGAUAUCCAAGAUAUAUUAUCUUCGAAUGCCGGCUCAUCUUGCGCUGAAUCGACCGACGAUGGUUCCAGAAUCGGUGAUCAAACGUUCAACUUUCUUCCAAACGCUGAGAUAUUAAAUUCGCUUCUGAAUUCUUCCGAUCCGCAAACCAAUUCUACUCCUCUUCCGGGUUUUAGUCAGGCUUUUCACCAACCACCGUGAUCGUAAUGUUGGUAAGUGAUUCGGGGACGAAUCGAAGUGGUUUCUCGAGGAGAGGGGGUCAAAAUCGUUGAAAAUGCCAACUCUUGUUACUAAAAUUUUCAGAUUGAACUGCUUUAAAAUUUUACUGAAGUUUUUUUGGCUUCAUGAACUUGAGAACUUGAGAACAAAGUGAAAUUUAAAUUUUUGGUUUUCAAUUUUGAAAAAGAGAAAGGAAUUGACUCAAGCGAAGCUAGGGCAAAAAUUGCUGCCAAUUUCCACUUUGAAAAGUAAAAAAACUACGUCAUAUUUUUCAUGUAAAUAGUUCAGCCUAUAUUUUUUGGAUUCAAAAUUUUAGAAUUUGAAUUACUUUUUUAUAUAAUUAUAUUUUUUUAGAAAUUUUAAUUUUGAAAUAGAAAAGAGGACAGAAGCUUAGUUGAAAAACGAUAUUUUUUAUGUGAGGAUUGAGGAGUUUGGUCAUAUGUUUUUUUUAGCUUCAAAAUUGAUUUUUUUUAAUAAACAGAAAUUUUUUAAACAGAAAAUUUUUUUGGCUUCAAAAUGUUAGAAUUUUAAAUAGGUAUCCAUUUUUUGGAUUUUUAGAAAUUUCAAUUUCGAAAUAGAAAAAUGAACAAACCUGAGCAAAGUGAGGACAGAUAUUUUUUAUACUUAUGUGAUGAACUGAUGAUUCAGGAUCGAGGAGUUUAGUUCUACAUAUGUUUUUUUAUCUUCAAAAUUUUGAAAUUUUAUAUUUUUUAUAGAAAUUGAAAUUUUUUAACAGAAAAAUAAACAGGCCCGAGUUCGAAAAUUCCUAUUUUGAGAAUGUAUUUUUUUACAAAAGAAUUCAGUUCAUAUUUUUUUGGCUUUAAAAUUUUAGAAUUUGAAUGAUGGUUUUUUUUCCUUUAGAAAUUCUGAUUUUGAAACAGAAAGUUGAACAGACCCGAGUGAAAUUGAGGCAAAAGCUUUUGAAGAUUCCUGUUUCGACUUUCGAGAAGUAAAAAAACUAUUUGGAACAUGUAAAUUUCAAUUUGGUACGUAUAUAAGAUAAGCAAGCCGGUUUUAUUGUUAGUUUUUCAAUUUUUUUGAACAAUUUUGCCAAAGUAACUAGAAUCAUAUUAAAAUGCACCAACUUUUGUUGUCAAUUUUUCAAAUGUUUUGAAAAAUUUCGCUCAAGUCGUCAGUUGGCAUUUUUGAGCAGUUCUAAACAGUUGGAAAUUCUCAUCAACUUUUAAUGAUUUAUUAUUUAUAUUAAUUCAUCUACCUCAUUGGUUUUUAAUUUCUGUCCAGAAGUUCGUAAAAUAUCAACUUUGUCUACUUCUACCAGAAAAGAACGAAUUUUUCAACUUUUCACAUGGCCUGGGGCAGAUGCCCCCCCGGUCUCCACUUUUGUUUAUGCCCAGGAGGCAGAUGCCCCCUGUCACCACUUUUGCCUACCCUACUUCUACCAAAAAAGAACGAGUUUGCCAACUUUUCACGUGCCCAAGGGGCAUAUGCCCCCUGUCUCCACUUUCGUUUCGUCCCUGUCCAGACUAUAACUAAAAGUUUUAUAAGAUUACCAAUAUUUUGUACUUGUUUUUACAUAUUUUUUUGUUUCCUUCUUUUCUUACUGUCAAAACCUUUUUUUUUUUUUUUUUUUGUGAAGUACCGUUUUGUAGGUUCUAGUUACCUAGUAUUAUUACUCAAGUUUUUUUUCAGUUCGUUGAAUAUUACCUACCUGUCAUUUUUACGAUCACUUUAUUUUUAUAAAUUUCAUAUUUUUAUAAGUUUGUUUCUAUAUUGCGUUAUACUUGUUAAGUUUAUCAUUUUUAUUAUCCGUAUCAAAUAUUUUUUCGUAAGAAGAUUUACCGUUACGAGGAACCAUGCCAAAAACAUUUUUUACCUUCAUUUAUUACCUAUCAGAUAAUUUGUUUUACUAUUUUUUUCUAUAAUUUUGUUUAUUGAACGUCAGUGGGUUGAAACUGUUUAUUUUUUUUUUUUCAUACUUAGGUCUACUAAUUAUUCUACGAUUUGAAAGUACAUACAUAUAAAGCUUCUUAUUUAAAUAUGAAAAUUGAAUUUUUGGCAGCUUUUCGAGAAUUUGCUUUUGUAAGGUAUAGGUAGUAGCUAUUGAAAAUUGAUUUUGGAUUUUACUUGAAGAAAAAAAAAGAGAAGAUUUUAAGAUUUUGAAACUUGAAAGCUGCAGGUCAAUGGAAUCUAAAAAGUGUUUUAAAAAACCUCCAAAAUCCAGAUUCUCGAAAACCUGCCAAAAUUCGUGCAAGAAAAACACAUUUGAAGUUUUCGUUUAAAUUUCAUCAUCUAAUCUGCGCGUGAAUGAACUCUAUUUUAAUAUCGUUAGAUUCGGUGGUUUUGAAGAAAGAUGUCUCUCAGUUUAAUAUUAGGUAAUAGUGUUCCAAACAAUACGAAUAUUAUCUGUCCAUUGAGAAGUAGCGUAGAAGUUUUUUGAAAAAAAAAAAAUGGAAAUUCCUUUAGGUUGCCUACUGUACUAAAAAUGAUCGGUAUUACGAGUGCCUAGUACAAAAUACACUUACGAAAUGAUGCAAGCAAUAUGAAAAAAUAUUGAAAUUAUCAGGAAACAUUCAAAUAAUCCCUCUUGUAUUGUCUACCAGUUAUUUCUAUUUUUUUUUUACUUUUCUGUUUGAAUUAUUCUUUUCUCAUUUUUUUUCGAGUAUUAUUUUUUAUGCAACAGUUUUGAAAAUUUCAUCACAUUUCAGAUCGAAAAUGAGUGAAUUCUCAUGAGGUGUACCUUAUUUUGCCAAGUUGGAAUUUUUCAUCUCCCUCGUCCCGAAGUUGCUACUUCGAUUGAGAACACGAUUCCCUAUUUAUUUUAUUUCCCCCUAUCUUCAAAAAAUUUGUCCCCCCUCCCGUUGAAAAAAUCAAAAAAAUGGAAAAAAAUCAAUUUACCAACUUUUUUUUCUACGUCAGAAUUUUUCUAAAUAAUCCUCUUCAAGGAAAAACUUCCCCCACCCUUCAAACCGUAUUAGCCUCAUAAUAAGGAGCCCCCUAAAAUUGAAAAAAUCACAAAAAAUGAAAGUAAAUCAAAAUUAGGGAAUAUUUUUUGAAAACAUCUCAUUUCCACAUUUGAAUUGUUCUACAUAUAUAACCUCCUUUUCAAGAAAACCCCUGCGCUUCGUUGGACUCUCAAAUGAUGUUGGCACUCUUGUAUGGAGCUUCCUUCCCCAUGGGGAAAAUAAAAAUUAUGAAAAAUUAAUAUCUGUAGAAACUUCUUGAAAAUUGUUUUUUUUUUCUUUUUUUUUUAGCAGAAACAAAAACCUUCUACACACAUAGGCCCCCCACCCUUCGUCUCCCAAAUGACGUUGGUCUCCAACAACAAAAAUAAAAAAUUGACAUGUGUGCAAAUUUUUCAAAAAUUGUCAAGUUCCACUUUUUCAUCAUGGAAGUUGGGGGGGGGGGGUGUGUGGCAAAUCCACAACAUUGAAUUGUGCUUUUCUGAUGAAGAUGGGACCAAAUCGAAGGAUUAAAACCAAAAAAAAGGUUGAAAAGUUGAAAUAUUCAUUUUUUUAAAUUUUUCCAGGAACGGGUCAUGUUCCACUUUUUCAUCAUGUAGUGGGGGUCAAAAAUAUUCAACCGUAUUUCUAAUAAAAAUUUACCAAAUGUAACGAUUAGAAGGUAAAAAAAAACGUAAAAAUUUCAAUUUUUGGGAUUUCUUGUAUAUUUUGAGAACAAAGGGGAGGGGAAGGGGGUUCCUGACACCACUUAUUUUUGUCAACGUGGUUGGGGAGAUUCCUACAACGUACUCUAGGCGUUGAAAAAUAUUUUUCCACAAGUGGGUUUGAAUAAGAGCUUUUCCCUUUAAUCCACAGGUUAGUCAUGGGUGGAGAUAGGGGGCUAAAAUUGAUAUAUACGUUGAUUUUAGAGGAUGGGAGCAAAAAAAAAAAAACGAAAAAAGAAUUUUCCUCCAUAAAUAAGGUGCACCGCAGUAGGUAGGUAUUCUCGUUUCAAAAAAAAAAAAUACCUACCAUAAUAUUAAAAUGAACUUGAAAGACGUAUUCUUAUAGAAAAAGAAAGUUCAAACACACUAAAGGUACGGAAUAAUGUUUGCCCGAUUUGCCUUUUGCUUUGCUAUUAUUAUAGCUUUUGUCCCGGUGUUAUGUAUAUGUUUAUUUGGUAUUUUUUAUUUUAUAAAUUUGAAAACAAACCAAACAAAAAUUGGAAAAAGAUGAAUUUAUUGACUGUUUUUUUUUAAAAAAUCAUUUUCGUUCUAUACGAGUACAUUUUUGCAAUAUUGAAAACCUUUGGUGGUAGAACAUUUGAUUAUCAUCUAGACAUUAUUUUGUCAUAUAAUUUGAUUCAAAAAAUUUCAAAAUUUUAGGGGGCAACCGGGUUUGAACCGGUGACCUCUCGAUCUGCAGUCGAAUGCUCUACCACUGAGCUAUACCCCCGCGACAUCUGAUAUGACGAAAAUUAAAAGUAUCAAAUACCUACCAAGUGUUACUUAAUUUUAAAUGUUUUUUUUUUCAAUUUUUGAAUUUUACAAAAAUCAGUUUUGUACGGACUUGUAUGAUAAUAUGAACUUUUAAAGUUUUAAAGUUGGUUUUAUUGUUUUUAAUUAUGAUGUAACUUGAUAUAUUUUUUUUUUAAUGAUUAUUUUUGGUUUUAUUCAGGUAUAACUUUUUUUCAUAAAAUUCUAGAGUCUAUGAAGUACCUAUUUGGAAAGUUUUAAGCUAUAAAGUAUCGAAAUCAUUUUACUUAGAUCAAAAUAGUACCUAUUUAUGUCGACAGAAAACGAUAUUUCGUUUCUGUUAGUGCUGUUUCAUGUACAAUUAAAUGAGCAAUGGUACAUGUCUCUGAACUCUGAUGUCUCUGUAUUCAAAACAUCUGUUAUUUUUUAUCAUGAAACAAGAAUUACUGUUUGCUGCCAUUUUUAACUUGAAAGCUCGAAUAACGUGAUUUAUUUGAUUUAUUUUAUGCGUUUCAAUUUUUGUGAACGGAUUUAAAACUGUACUGAUAAGCAUUGUAACAUGUUUGGUUUUUGUUAUUUACAAUUUACAUGUUUAGUAUUGUGGUACAUUAUGAACUAUGAAGCUAUAUUAUGAACUAUACGAUUACUUACAAUAUCUUAUUUUGUGCAAUUUAUAUAAAGCACCAAGCUAGACCUGUAACUCCCCCCCCCCUCCCAAAAAAAAAGAAGAAAAUCGAUGGAUUUUUACCAAAUUCAUCAAAAACCUUCAUUUUGAGUUGAAAAUUACUCAGAAAAAUUUUUAACUUGGGAAGUGCUCUUGAAGGGGACAAAUAGGUUCUCAAAGAGGGGAUAUUUUUAAGAAAAGUUAAUCUUGCUUUUUUUCAAAAUUGUCCAAAAUUUUUAAUUUUUUACAAAAUGACCAAUUUUUGAAAAACAUUCCAAAAGUCACAUUUUUUAAAAAAUUGUCCAGUUUUCCUUUUUUGACAGAAAUUGCAGCGAAAAAUAAGUAUUAUUUUUUGGCCCCUGGAGCAUUUCUGCAGCUAAAAAUCUUUCUGAAUAACUUCGAACUUGAAAUGAAGGUCUCUGCUGAAUUUAGUCGAACUCCACCGUAACUUCUAAUUGAAUUCGUGUGCUCAUUUUGAACCAUUUGAAACCCCCUACUUCGAAGCAUAAAUACCGUUUCCUCAGCUUUUGUACAACGUAACUUUUUAAUUCAAAUAAAUCAUAGUCUGUCAUCUGAA